AAAUGUUUGGAGAAAGGAUAUGUGAAAUUUGAUGCACCAAGUUUUCGUUUUCUCGGAGGUUGGGCGACGAAUCGAGCAAAUAAGGAAGCGGGAAUCACAAUCGUCUCACAUAUGGACCUUCAAGAAGCACAGCAGAAUCGACGAGAACGCGGAAUCGCAUAUGGACAAUGUUAUGAGCGAUCGUCAUGGAAGUCGUUGUACUUGCGGAAGCAGCGAAUCAUUUCCAAUUGGCGAUCCCGACCGAUUCAAUCAAGCACUGUUCUAAAGGGCCACGAUGAACAUGACAUCACUGGUCUACAAAUUCACUCAGGACUUAUCGUUACUGGUUCAGAAGAUGGUAGGUUGCGGGUUUGGAACGUUGAUGAUGUGCAACCGGCUUUCACUCUAACUGGCCAUAUGGGUGAUGUUUGGAUGUCUGAAGUGAGCGAUGAUGGCAAAUACAUUGUCAGUGGCUCGGCUCGAACAGUGCGCGUUUGGUGUCGUCAAACCGGUGUACAGCGUCAUGUUCUGCAAGGGCAUACAAGGACUGUUCGAUGCAUGGGGCUACAUGGCACGAGUCUUGUUUCUGGAUCGCGCGAUCAAACACUUCGAGUCUGGGACAUUGUCGACGGGAAAUGCCUUCACAUUUUGACUGGCCACUUGGCGGAGGUGCGUUGUGUACAAUUUGAUGGAAAACGGGUUGUCUCUGGUGCCUGUGAUUUUACUGUAAAGGUUUGGAAUGUGCAGACGGGGGAGUGUUUGCACACGUUGACGGGUCACACGAAGCCAGUCGAAUCACUUUUGUUUGAGCCGGAGCGCGAUCUUGUCGUCUCGGGAAGUAAGGAUAAAACGAGGCGCGUCUGGGAUGUUCGAAGAGGAACAUGCAUCGCGACUCUUGUCACUCAUAAAAGUUCCUGCUUUGACAUGCAGCUUCGCCGAAAUAUUUUGGUCUCCUGCUAUACCAGCUCGGACGUUGGGGUUUGGGACAUUCGUGACGGUGGUUCGUGCAUUCAUCGCCUGCAAGGCGUAAAUGGUCACACGUCAUCCAUCGUCAUUUCAUUGCAAUUGUACGACUCGGGACUUUUGGUAACAAGUUCUAACGAUGGUUCGGUCAAGCUGUGGGAUGUGAAUAAAGGUACCUUUGUUCGGGACCUCGUUCGUGUUCAGGCAGCCAGUUGUAUUUGGGAUUGCCAAGCCACCGGAACAUUGCUCGUCUGUGCAGUUGAACCGCGAAACGGAACCGAGGACGGAAAGCUCAUCUUAAUCGAUUUUGACGCAUCGUAUCCA